CGCCCAUCCGGUAGGUCAUAUGAUUGCUGGGUAAAAUUCCUGCCCUGCUGCUGUUUCCACUACUUCUGGUGCCGCGAUUGCCGCCGCGGUCGUCAUGGAGCUGGUCCCCUGGCACUGUCCUGUCCUGCUGUUGCUGCUGAGUCUGAGCCCCGGCAUUGCUCUAGUUCAUCCAGUCGAGGAAGGCAAGGAAACCUGGGAUUAUGUGACAGUCCGGAGUAAUGCGUCCAUGUUCUGGUGGCUCUACUAUGCCAACAGCCCCUGCAAAAACUUCACAGAACUGCCUCUGAUCAUGUGGCUUCAGGGGGGUCCAGGAGGUUCCAGCACUGGAUUUGGAAACUUUGAGGAAAUUGGUCCGCUUGAUGAGGAGCUCAAACCAAGGAAAACCACCUGGCUACAAUCAGCCAGUCUUCUGUUUGUGGAUAACCCGGUGGGCACUGGAUUUAGCUUUGCAAAUCAGAGCGAUGCAUAUGCCAAAAAUCUUGACAUGGUGGCUUCUGACAUGCUUGUUCUCCUACAAAAUUUUUUCAAUGCUCGGCCAGAGUUCAAGACAAUUCCAUUCUACAUUUUCUCAGAAUCCUAUGGAGGGAAGAUGGCUGCUGGGAUUUCUCUAGAGCUUUACAAGGCUAUCCAAAAAGGGAGUAUAAAUUGCAACUUUGCUGGUGUUGCCCUGGGUGAUUCCUGGAUUUCCCCUGUAGAUUCUGUGCUUUCCUGGGGACCUUAUCUAUAUAGCAUGUCUCUUCUGGAUGACAGAAGUCUAACAGAUUUGACAAAAAUUGGAGAGAAAAUUGUAGAUGCUAUGAAUGUAGGACUGUAUGAAUGGGCUACCCAGCUGUGGGCAGAUGCAGAAACGCUUGUGGAGCAGGACACAGAUGGAGUGAACUUUUACAACAUUUUAAAUAAAAGUCCCCCUGAGUAUACAAUGAAGACAAGCCAAGAAUUCACCCAGCAUCAUCUAGUUCGACUUUAUCACCGCCAUGUGAGACAACUACACCAGAAUAAGUUAAGUGCACUCAUGAAUGGACCCAUCAGAAAGAAGCUCAAAAUCAUUCCAGAUUUCGUCACCUGGGGAGAACAAUCAAGUUUAGUUUUCAAAAACAUGGAAGAAGACUUCAUGAAGCCUGCAAUCAACAUUGUAGAUGAACUGCUGGAAGCUGGCAUCAACGUCAUAAUUUACAACGGGCAAUUAGAUCUCAUAGUGGACACCAUGGGUCAGGAGGCAUGGUUGCGUAAACUGAAGUGGCCUGAGCUGACUGCUUUCAGUCAGAUGAAAAGGAAGCCUCUGUAUGUUAAUCCUGAGUCUUAUGACACAUCUGCUUUCUAUAAGUCCCACAAGAACCUUGCUUUCUACUGGAUUCUCAAGGCUGGCCACAUGGUUCCAUCAGACCAAGGGGAAAUGGCCUUGAAAAUGAUGAGAAUGGUGACUGGACAAGAAGAGAGUUGAGAUGGAAGCCAGGUGGCCUGACCUCUAUAGCUCAGCACAAUGUCAAGGUCAUUGCCAGUGUCGAGGGCACAUUGCUGAGUUUCUUUUAGACAUCACAGAAUUAAUUCUUUAUGAUCUGUGAAGCUUUGAGUCAACGUACAAGUCUUUUGCUCUGACUGAAGGCCUCCCACAACUUCCUUCCUAAAAUGCCAUAUGGUUUAGGAUUGGGUUUUGGUGGGUUUUUUUUGUUUCUUGGAGGGUUUUUUGUAUUUGUUUUGCGGUUUGAUCUUUUUUUUUUUCCUUUGUGGGGACUACAGGAUGCCUAAGACCUUUUUUUAUGGACCUGGAUGGCCCAUAAGGAUGAGGUUUCAAGUGUUUUUUUGCCUCUCGUUAAUGAAGCCAAUCCUGGAAUUGUUUUUGGAUUUGACAUCAAAUUAGUUAAAAGAAUCCAUAUUUCUCCUGUGUUCACUUUGUCAAUAACACGUCAGCAGUCAGCAUUUCAGCACUGAACCCUCUUGAGGCUUUUGUUUACACUUAGAAAGAAAAUCAGCAGAUACUGGUUGCCUGCACACACAGACUUCCAAUCCAACAAGCAUUUACUAAGCACCUACUAUAUGCAAAGCACCGACAGCAAAUUUCCUAUGUGGACCUGAAGAAGGAGAGCAGGCUCUCAACUUCCUCCUUUCUGUUGAAGAGAGUUUUAAUUCUGACACCACCAGACUGGGAUUCAGCCUCUUCUGCUACCUCCUGCCUGUCUGUCCUCUGACUGGUCUGCGAUGACAGCGCUCCUCAUUAGAAUCUACCUAUAACUCCUAUCAGAUAUAACCCUUCAUACCUUGACCAUUAAAAAUGAAAAUGUUUCCUCA